AUAAUUUGAAUGCAUUCAAUAAAUUUCCAUGGGGUGAAGACAUAUGGGAAGAGUUGUUAACACAUGCUGGAGAUGUGCACAAUCCCUUAAAACUCGUGGAAGGGGAAGAGUGAUGUUUGGAGGGUUUGUCUUUACCUUACAGGUAUGGGCAUUUGAGAAAUUUCCUUCCUUGAGAGAGUCGGGGCAUUGUCAAAUUGUAAAAGGAAGAGAAGAUUGGAUUCCACGUUGCCUAAGGUGGGAGAUUUAUGCAAAGAUUUCAGGACAGUUUCUUCAGGAAGCCAUAUUUGAAAAUCCAGAGUUUGAAGUGUCAAAGAUUGUUCCAAGUGAGAGGGAGUUAAAUGAUCCUUCAUUGGCAUUAUCUGCUAGUGAAUACAUAGGAAGGGGGAUACAUGACACUGUGCAACAUAUUGAGAGCUCAGAAAAGGGUGCAACUCUAGCAAGAAAUCGGAAUGUUGGUAGUGCUAAGAAAAGGAAACUUUCAACAACUGGAAAUGCCCAAAACAAGCCAAAAGAGAAGAGAAAGAGAAUUAGUCACUGCAUGAAAGGGGAAUUUCUUCCAAAAAGAAAGUCUAAGAGGAAGAAGGAGAGCCAGAGUCAGAUUAUAACAAUUCUCAAUGACAUGAAAAAAAUGCAGGAAAGCCAAGGGAAAGUGGUGAACAUGGUCCUUGAGCAGUUAGAAAGACAAAAGGGAGAUGAUACAGAGGAGAGGGCAUUUCCAGUUGUUGAAAGGUUCCUUUUCUUAGCACUACCAACAUUCCGAUUUCUUGCUAGAGUUGCACUCUUUUCUGAGCUCUCAAUAUGUUGCACAGUGUCAUCUAUCCCCCUUCCUAUGUAUUCACUAGCAGAACGACAAACCGGAAAACCGGAAAAAUUGUCGGAAGAAGAAUGGGAGGAUUUGAAGGACAUGGCAACAAGUACAAUAUUCCUAUGCCUUGCAAAUAAUACUCUUCGGGGGGUUCUCGGUUUGACGGACCCGGUGGAUAUUUGGGAGAAGCUGGAGAGCCGGUACAAGUCGAAAUCGUUGACAAGUAGGCUAUACUUGAAGAAACGAUUGUUUGGUCUCCAAAUGGCGGAGGAAGCUAACUUUAAUCGGCACUUAGAUGAAUUCAACAAGAUUACAACAGAGUUGGAAUCCAUUGAUGUGAAGAUUGAAGAGGAGGACAAGGCGAUGCUUUUGUUGGCUUCAUUGCCUUCAUCUUUUGACAAUAUCGUGACCACGCUUUUGUUUGGAAAAGAGACCUUAAAAUUUGAUGAAGCAGUUGCUGCGUUGUUGAUGAACGAGACUCGGCGGGGUGGCAACAGGGUAUCAAACGACGGUCAAGCUUUGGUAGCAAAAGGAGCUGGUCGGGAACGAGGACAGUCUAAAGAGAGGGGCGGCGCGUCCCAACGAUUCAAAUCGAGUAGUAAAAGCUUUCGGUGUUACUACUGCGAUGAAGAGGGUCAUUUCAAAAGGGAUUGUCCAAAGAGGAGGAAGGAAAAGAAGGACGGGAAAACACCCGUGACUGCGGUUGCAGAAAGUUCGAACCAAGAAAGUGAAGAAGACUUGUUUUUGGCAACCACAAAGAGUCUAGGGGUUGGAACAGUGCAAGUUCGCAUGUUUGAUGGCGUGGUGAGAACAUUAACUGGAGUGAAACAUGUACCGGGUCUAAAAGGAAAUUUGAUUUCAUUGGGGGCUUUAGACUCAGAAGGCUGCCGAAUUUUUGCUCAAGGUGGAGUGUUAAAAAUUUCUAGGGGAGCAAUGGUGGUAGCAAAAGGAGUUUUGUCAAAAGGCUUGUAUAAACUUGUUGAAAAAGAUUUGACACGGAAGCUGUCAGAAGGAAGAAUUACAAGUGCAACAAGCGGAGCAUUUGCAUGGAAGAAGCGGGUGACGUUUGAAGCUUCUCAGAUUGGUGGAUACUGUGACCUCGCCGAAAUGAGCGAGGUGGAGCCGGACCAUGGUUUGAUUAAUUAAUCAAGGAAUAGAAGACUCUUUUAGAACAAUAGUCUAUAAAUUAUGGGUAGAACU